UUCAAAUUACAAUGUUUCCUUCAAUUGGUAUUGCAAAAAAGAAAAAUCCAGCCGAGAAAGAAUGUAGUCUUCGUGUGAUUGAUUUCAAGCUUUUUCCUUCUACUUCAAGGAAUUAUCCCCGUUUUGAUUUUGAACAAGUUUGCCGUGAAUUGAAUUUUGAUUCCAAACAAACAGAUGUUAAUAAAUGUGAUGGAUUUCAUGAUAGGGAUGCUGAGGAAAUUGUUCGACGCCUUGAAGCAAAAUAUGGCACUGGAACGCUCAACUUUUCUUCUCCCACUACUGGAUCUAAGAAACUAAAGAAAAAUAAAAAACCUCUUAAAUUUGUGCCAGAAGAUGUGAUGGACAAAGGACUUGGAUAUGUACAAGAAGAUGAUUUUAUUGAUGACACUCAAGCGUAUGAUGAAUGGGUACCGACAACAAUGGACACAUUAAAACAUGGACAUUAUGUAAAUAAAGGCCCAUUGGAAUUUCGACAACUUGACAUUGAAACAUCUACUUCAGAGUCAACUUCUAGUGAAUCAGAAAGUAGUUCGUCUUCAGAUGAUGGUGAUAUUGAAAUAUGUGAACAAACAAAUGGAGAACUCCAGAAAACUGAUUCAAAAGAAAAACAUUCCAAUUCAACGUGUGAUAAAGAAAAAGAAAUUUCUACAAAUGGACAAUUAGAAAAUGUUGCUAAUAAUUCUACAUUGGAUAAACAGAAGGAUAAACAAAAAUCAUCGCUCAACAAGAUUAACGUUCCCACAUGUUCGUUCGUUCAUUCGCUUUAA